AUGGGCUACUACACCUUCAGAUGGCCUCGACAGGCGCAGGAAGUCAUCGUCACCGGCAGCUUCGAUGGCUGGUCGAAGAGCAUCAGGCUCGACAGGCAGGACGACGACGGCUUCGCAAAGGAACUGCUCCUCCCAGAGACCGACGAGAGAAUCCUCUACAAGUUCGUUGUUGACGGGAACUGGCGUACUGACCCUGCUGCGCUGCAAGAAGAGAUAGACGACCACAACAACAUCAAUAGCGUCCUGCUUCCAGAGCGCAUCUCACCAACGUCUUCCACCGCCAAAAUGACAAACGGCGAUACCACCAACAAGGACACCCUCCAGACUGCCACAUUGUCGGGAGUCACACCCGAGUCGACGACUGCAGGACUUGCUGGUGCUGUUCCCAAGGAGCCUGAUGCUCACCAGGCUACCAUCUCCUCUGCAGCUCCAAUCUCCUCCACUGCCGACCUGGCGAAAGAUGUGCCCCUCGAGACAACACCAGGCACCUUUCCAGAGAGCCCCAUCAAUGAGGGAGAGUUCUCUGUCAGGCCGCUGCCGGGUUCUUCUAGUCUAGGCAACCCCGUCCACCUUGCUCCAGGUGAGAAGCUGCCAGAUUCAGCCAAGAAUGGCACCCCCAAGGGCAUGAACAGCAACGUAACUACCGAUAAGGAGAGCUACGAACAGGACGCCAGUGAUCCUAUCUCCGUUAGCCCUCUACCCGCUACUGGCACCGUUGGAAACCCUUCUGGCGAGAAAGUGUCAGAUUCGACCAACAAUGUCACCUCCAAGGACCUAGGCAGCAACGUAACCACCGACAAGGAGAGCUACGAAAAGGAUGCCAGUGAUCCUGCCAUGGCUGCCAUGGCCGCAGCGGCGGCAGCUGGAGGGAGCGAGGAGAAGAAGAAGCAGGUCGACAGUGGUGAUGACCAGCAACAGUUCUCCGUUAACCCUCUACCUGCUACUGGCACCGUUGGAAACCCGGUCAAGGUCGCACCGGGUGAACAGCUUCCGAAGUCGGGCGACGUCACCUCCAACACGAUUGGCUCAAAUGUUACCACCGAUAAAGAAAGCUAUGAGAAGGAUGCCAGUGAUCCAGCCAUGGCUGCCAUGGCUGCGGCUGCUGCAGGAGGAAGCGAGGAGAAGAAGCAGGUCGAGAGCCCUGAAGACCAGCAACAAUUCUCUGUUAGCCCGCUCCCUGCCACCGGAACCGUUGGAAACCCCUCAAGCUCAGACAAGGUUACUCCCAACACCCUUGGCUCAAACGUCACUACUGACAAGGAAAGCUACGAGAAGGAUGCUAGCGACCCCGCCAUGGCUGCCAUGGCAGCUGAGCAGCACAAGCACGACCAGAAGAACACCUACUCAGCCCUCCCAAUCGGCACUGAGCCCAAGGCUAAGUCUGUUGGCCCUAAUGACAACCCUGCCAUCUCCUCAGCCGCUCCCGUUGCCACCACCGCUGCCCUAGCCGGUACUGUACCCCUGGAAAGGCCAGCCGGCUCUUCCUUCAUGACUACUGCUGCUGGCCAGAAGUACGACCCCGAGGUGCCCGCCAAGGAGGUCCCGGACAUCGUCAAGGAGUCGAUGCACAAGGCUCACACCGAUCCCGAAGCCGCUUGUAUUCCCGAGAUGGUCAAGGAGAAGGAAGACCUCGAAAGAGAACUUCUCAAGGAAGUGCCACAAGCCACAGGUAGCGGCCAGCCUGCUCCCACCACAUCAGCCACUACUGCUUCCACCGCCCCAGCACCUACCACCACUGAUCCGGUUUCGAAGCAAGACACCCUCCAUCCAGGGACUGGAGCUGGAGCUGGAACUGGAGACAUCUCACCCAAAUCCCAUACACCGGAUGUCCCAGCUGGAGGUUCUAACAACGACGGCCCUAUCACCAAAGGAACCACCGCCUCCCAGGUCCCCGAUGCACCCAAGGAGACUCCACAAGUCACCACCGGCCCUGUUACAACCAACGUCCCUACAACCUCAGGUGUUCCUGAACGGAAAGCAGUUGAGCCUCAAACCACGGCCACCGCUACAGCAGGUGCCAGCAAAGGCGACUCUUCAGUCCAGAAUGGCACAGCAGCGCACACCGAGGAGCAUGACAGAAAGAAGAAGCACCGUCUCAGCGGCUUCUUGUAUAAGCUCAAGGAGAAGUUUACAUAG